AGCACUGUAUGACUGAGAGUUGCUACAACUUCAGCAACACUUCGCAAGUCAUCCGAGUGCAAACCAAGACAGAAGAGGAGGCGCGUUGGCCAUCCUAGCUAGAAGAGUAGAAGGGAUUUAGGAAUCAGGAGUCUGUCAAGCAGACACAAAUGCCUUCUGGAGCCCAAACACACAUCUUUAAAGCAGAUUUGGCACAAAGCAGAAAAAUUAAUGAAGCCAGAUGUUGCGAGAGGAGUUAAAUGUGGUGAAGAAAGAAGACGGUAAUUGUAAUAUGGACAAUACACCGAAUCAUCCUUUUCCUCUUGGCUUGGACUCUGUCACAAAAGAUGCAUUGCCACCUGCCAGUGAAGAAUUCAGAACUCAGCUUGCCCAAUUUGGAUAUGAGCCUCCACCAGAUCUACAAAACUUCCAGGGGUCUUUAGAGGGGGGAUCUCGUAAACGCAAAAGCAUGCCCACAAAAAUGCCUUCUGGCAGUUCUCCAGGAGAUUCCACACCUCCCUUGCACAGACCUGAAGAGAACACCACCAGAGGUUCUCCCAGGCCCCCUUUAUUAUUCCAGCACCACCAUGCGCAACCAAAGUACAAUGCCCACAUGAUUGACCUAUGUAACAUUGGCUUUCAGUUCUACAGAACUGUGGAACAUUUUGGAGCACAACCUAUCAAGGAAGAAACAAUAACACCCAAUGUGCUAUGGCCUGGCCCUACCACAUUUUUUCAAACUCCCUAUCCAUACUACCCUAAAGUUCACCCUACCUUAAUGUUCCCUUUUAUUAUGACCCCCAAUUUUCAUUUCAGAAGCCCUUUUCCAUUGAAGAGGCUUCCAGAGCCAUCCUUCCAGAGAAGUAAAUUAGGAGAAGAAGAUGAAAAUAAGCAGAAGGUAGAAAGGGUGGAUGUGAACAUUCAGAUUGACGACAGCUAUUACGUGGAUGUCGGAGGGGAACAGAAACGCUGGCAGUGUCCCAUGUGUGAUAAGUCUUACACUUCCAAGUACAACUUGGUUACUCACAUUUUGGGGCACAGUGGCAUCAAGCCACACGCUUGCUCCCGAUGUGGCAAGCUUUUCAAACAGCUGAGUCACUUGCACACCCAUAUGCUGACCCACCAGGGCACCAGACCUCACAAGUGCCAAGUGUGUCACAAGGCUUUCACCCAAACAAGCCACCUGAAGAGGCACAUGAUGCAGCACAGUGACAUCAAACCCUACAGCUGCAGGAUCUGUGGAAGAGGGUUUGCCUACCCCAGUGAGCUGAAAGCCCAUGAAUCCAAGCAUGAGAACGGCCGAGAGAAUAUUUGUAUUGAGUGUGGUCUUGACUUCCCAACAUUGGCUCAGUUGAAGAGGCACCUAACCACCCAUCGAGGUCCCAUAUCGUACAAUUGCACCGAGUGUGACAAGACAUUCCAGUACCCAAGCCAGCUGCAGAAUCACAUGAUGAAGCACAAGGACAUCCGCCCAUACAUCUGUACCGAAUGUGGGAUGGAGUUUGUGCAACCCCAUCAUCUCAAGCAGCACUCUUUGACCCAUAAGGGUGUGAAAGAGCACAAGUGUGGGAUCUGUGGCCGGGAGUUUACACUGCUUGCCAAUAUGAAGAGACACGUCUUGAUUCACACCAACAUCAGGGCCUACCAAUGCCACCUCUGCUUCAAGAGCUUUGUGCAGAAACAGACUCUGAAAGCGCAUAUGAUUGUCCAUUCAGAUGUCAAGCCCUUCAAAUGUAAGCUGUGCGGAAAAGAAUUUAAUCGGAUGCAUAAUUUAAUGGGGCACAUGCACUUGCAUUCAGACAGCAAGCCAUUCAAAUGUCUCUACUGUCCAAGUAAAUUCACCUUGAAAGGGAAUCUCACAAGGCAUAUGAAAGUCAAACAUGGCGUCAUGGAAAGAGGAUUUCGUUCUCAAGGACUUGGGAGGGAACGAAUAAGAACAUCACAAACGGAUGUGUCCAGGGAGCUGGAACAGGAAGAGCCCUUUGAUCUGUCCCGAAAAGGCCAAGGCAAAGGACUUCCAUUUCAUUCUGAUGGUGAGAGUGCCAAAGGAAGCUCGUGCCACGAGGAAGAGGAAGACAACUUCUAUGGGGCCGAGCGGUACAGCCCUGAGAUGUUCCAUAGCGACAAGCAAUACUCCAAGCAGGCUCUUCCCAGCCAAUCACACCACGGAAUGAGAGAGUCCUAUGGUGAUAGGAAAGAGAAAAUGCAAAAUGGAAAACUUGGGGAGAAGAAAGAAAGCCAAAGGGAAGAAAAACAAAGGGAGAGGGACUUUGUGGGCAACAGUGAGGAACACGUGAGCUUUGGUCACUUUGAAAAUAAUAGACUCACUCAGUCUUUCUCUGACUACCUAUACUUUCAACAUAGAAACAAGAGCUUAAAGGAACUGCUGGAAAGGAAAAUGGACAAUCAAGCUGUGUUUCUGGGUAUCUGAAUGAACUCGUAUUAACUUCAUUCAUCAGUUCCACUAACAUGAGAUGUAAUUGUCCAAGACUGGCAUAUAAUAAAAUCAGAACAAGCACAAAUAAGGAGAUAUGUAUAAUUUAAGAUAAUUUUCACUUGUCUUUCAACUAUUAAUUUUCUCUGUUUAUGUAAUUAUGUGAUUGAUGCUGAUCUAGCCCCACGGCAAGCCCUGCCCACCUCUCAAACCCAACAUCCAUGAUGCACAAAGAUGUCUGAAAGAAAGGACAUAUCUCACAUGUAGCCUUCCCCUCAAGGUUCCAGACUGUGUGGAACCUGAAUGGUGUAGAGUUCUAAUCCCACAGGCUUUGCGUUUCAUAUGUUCACAGUCAAUGUAUGUUGUUUUUGUUUGUUUGUUUGUUUUUUGGGGUGGGGCACAGGUUGGGGAGGCAUGUGACAUCAGAAGAAGGCUCAAAAAUAAAAGCCUUCUUCUUCCUGAUUGCAUGGAACUCCCUCCAUACAUAUAAUCUGUGAAAGGCAACUUGACAAUAAAUUGAGAUGUAAAAACUUUUUUUAAAAAAAGGAAACAAAACUUCAGAAUCACCGCUUUCAGGUGCUAUCUUUUACUCUAUUGCAACACGCUUCUGCCAACAUAAAACCAAUUUCUUCUUUCUUUCAUAUAGCAAUUCUGAAUCUCUAGCCAGAAUUACAUUAGUUGAAGUCUAUAGCAUUGGUACAUGCCCUACAAGUGUCCGUGAUCUUUUUACUAUAAUUACCAAAGACACAUUUUUCCUCCUUAGCAAUGAUUCAAGACUAUCAGCUUUCACAAUGCUGACCACCUCCUGGAGGAGACAAGUGUUCCUUAACUUUGCCCUCAUACUUGCUCAAUCCAAGAUGAGGUGAUUGGCAUAACAUUUGCCCAGUGCGUGAUCUAAAGCAAAUGCUUUGGUGCCUUUAAGUUGUUUUGGGACACAAUAUCAG